AUGACGCGGGAAGUUGAUGAAUUUCCCAAUACACAAUACUACACAACAGUGGACGGUAUUCUGUUCUAUCAUAACGCAGUGAUUUACGAGCCAGGUCCCACACCCCUUGUCGGUUGGCUAAAACCCUAUAUGCUUCCUGAAUGGUUCCCGCAAAUCGAAGUCAAUAAGGAUUACCUGGCAGACAUCCCGGUGGAGUACACUGACUAUCUGAACGAAAUCCGCCAUCAAGAAGAAGGAAAGCUUCGCAUUCAUUCACCUACUAAUAUCCUGAUUCCACAUCAAUCCUGA